UAAAAUCAAUAAAAUAACAUAAUGUAAUCGGCGGUAAUGACUAUCAAUAAGUUAAUUAGAAAGAAAAUUAAAGUUAUAAUGUUUGCACACACUAACUAAUGACUUGAAUAAACAGAUAUUUCUUAUUGGUUGAACUUGUAACCUGUAUAUAGAACAGUUGCACUGAUAAAACAAUAUUAUUAUGAAGAGUACACAAAGUCUAUAACGAUUGAGCACUUAAGUAGGUACAUAAUAUUACUCAGAACGCAAUCGGAAGUUGAACAAUAUUGACGUAUUUUACAACAUGGCCGCAAGAAUUGGAAUUGAUGAUGUAAAUUUAUUACCAGAUGAUGAGUUUGUGUGUGUGUUUGGCAACGUUAUAGAACUAUGUCCCACGGCUGCGAUACAUGUUAAGAAAUCACGACCAUUCGCAAAACUGUCAGAUAUUCACGAUGCAUUCAAUAAAUAUCUGGAAACUGUCAGCUUUGGAGAUAAAUUACAGAUAUUGCAGCUUCACCCCGAUUUAGCCGGUCGGCUGGCGGCGCACGGGAAAUUGACAAAAGAAUCAACAAAUGAGCAGCGUGCUGCUGGUUUACAUGAACUUACAUUGCAGCAGAAAAGUCUCAUCGACAAAUAUAAUGAGCGGUACAAAACCAAGUUUGGAUUUCCGUUUAUAGUAUGUGCCCGAGAAAACAAGGUAGAAUCUAUAAUAGAAGGCUUGCAACAAAGGUAUUGCAACACGCAGGAGAAAGAAAUUACUAUUGCCUUAGAGGAAGUAAAGAAAAUAUGCAAGCUGAGAAUACUUGAUAUUGUAACAGACGAUUAAUAAAUAUUAUGAUUGUGUUUUGCUGUCUUA